AUUUAUUCAAAUUUGUUCCUGGAUAAAGUAAACUCAAACAGACUUCCCAUUUUCAAAAAAACUCCAGUCUUUCAGCUAACACUCAAAAAAAUGGAGAGAGCAACACCUGUACGAAAACCCAACACCUCUACCUCAGAUCUGCUCACCUGGUCCGAAGCUCCUCCGGCAAACAACAACUCUGUUUCCUCCGCCACCUCAGGCAAUGCCUCUCGCUCCGGCGCUCGUUCUCAUCAGCCUUCUGAUGGAAUCAGUAAGGUGCUGUUUGGAGGUCAAAUCACUGAAGAGGAAGCUGAGAGCUUGAACAAACGGAAACCAUGUUCAGGGUACAAACUGAAGGAGAUGAGUGGCAGCAAAAUAUUUUCUGAUGAUGGUGAAGAUGAUGCAUCUGAAUCAGGAGCUGUAAAUAGUAACUUUAACAACAGGACAUCUGUCCGCAUUGUUCAGCAAGCUGCAAAUGGGAUAAGCCAGAUCUCAUUCAGUACUGAAGAAAGGAUCUCUCCCAAGAGACCUAUCACUCUUACAGAAGUAGCAAAGCAGAGAGAGUUAAGUGGAACACUAGAAAGUGAGUUGGACAGCAAAAUGAAGAAGCAGCUGUCUGAUGCAAAGAGCAAGGAACUCAGUGGAAAUGACAUCUUUGGCCCUCUGGCAGAAAUUCCUCCGAGAUCUUUGGCUGCUGCCCGAUGCAUAGAGUCAAAAGAAAGCAAAGACAUGGGCGAACCUGCUCCACGACUUGUACGCACGUCUGUCAAGGUUUCUAAUCCUGCUGGUGGUCAUAGCAAUAUUUUGUUUGGUGAUGAGCCUGUUGUCAACCCAGUAAAGAAAAUACAUAACCAGAAGUUUGCAGAGUUGACCGGCAAUGACAUUUUCAAGGGAGAUGUUCCUCCUGGAUCUGCAGAAAAGCCACUGAGCAGAGCAAAGCUGAGAGAAAUGAGUGGAAAUGAUAUUUUUUCUGAUGGAAAAGUUGAAUCCAGAGAUUACUUUGGUGGCGUGCGCAAACCACCAGGUGGAGAAAGCAGCAUCGCACUAGUUUAGAUAAAUGCGAUCAAACUGUUGUUACGGUUAGUUAACCUGUAGUGUUCCUGCAACAUUUCAUCUGACUAGUGAUGCUUGUAAUGUUUCAUGGGAUUUAGGACUGAGGGCUGUAGAUUUGAUAUGUUUAACCAUGUUGUGUGGACAACUUCUAAAACUUUAAUUUACAUCAACUUGGAGGAUUGUUAGCCCAACAUAGUAUUUUUAAGAUACUGGUCUUUACGUUUGUAUUAGCCUAACACUUUGGAUUAUAGUGUAUGUAUGUAGUUGUGUUUAGGUAGUGAUAAUAUAUA